CUUGCUGCGUUAGAGAGGCAAGUGUUCGAUUUCCUGGGAUACCAGUGGGCCCCCAUCCUAGCCAACUUCCUCCACAUCAUCAUCGUCAUCCUCGGCCUGUUUGGCACUAUUCAGUAUAGACCUCGCUACAUAGUGGUGUAUGCCAUCUGGACUGCAAUUUGGGUCACCUGGAACAUCUUCAUCAUCUGCUUUUACUUAGAAGUGGGAGGGCUCUCAAAG